GACUUGGUGGUUCCGGUGCCGCGCUGGCCGUUCAUUCCUCCUGGAGAUGCGGUGACGAGUUCGGCUUUGGAUCUUGGGGCGGCCGUCAUGGCUAAUGUGUACUCCCUGGACGGGCUCCUGGUCUUCGGCUUGCUCUUCGUUUGCACCUGCGCCUACUUCCGGAAGGUGCCCCGCCUAAAAACCUGGCUUCUGUCGGAGAAGAGGGGCGUCUGGGGUGUGUUUUACAAAGCGGCUAUCAUUGGUACCAGACUUCAUUCAGCAGUGGCAAUAUCUUGUAUUGUCAUGGCUUUUUAUGUCCUCUUUAUAAAAUGAAUCCCACUGCUUCAGAUGGACAACUGUUUAAAUGAAGACACUAUGUUCUUUUGCUUCAGAGGACUGUACCUCCUAGCAGAAUUGACAAGAAUCUCUACAAACGGCAAGAAAUUAUUCUGUGGCCAUGUCUUGCUUGAGACCAAGGGAAUGUUGUUUAGAUAGAAACAAUCUUCUGUGCGUCUAAGAGAGUUUCAACAAAAAUCAAAAGAUUAUUUUAUGUGCAGAUUAUUAAAAUCAAUAUUAGUCUAUACAAGAGAAAUAUCACAGGUUUAUGGCAAGUAGAAAUGAGUGAUGUUUUUUCCAGAGUUUGAUAUAACAUGGAAGUGGAACAAUGUUUCUUUUGUCCCCAAAAUGUAGUAGCAUUGAAAGGCUGUAGAUUUGUUUUCUUUGAUUACUGCACUUUGAACCCAAACUCAUAACAAAUAACUGAAGAUGAGAAACUCACCAGUGAUAGAAUAAAAUAUUUGUGCAUUGUGGAAUUCUUGAAGAAUUGAAACAUAAAGGAAACAAAUUACAAUUUGGUGAUGUUCACUUAUCUUUUGCUAUAGUUAAUAAUCUUGCCACCUCAUAUAAAUGGCUGAGUAUGUUUAAAAUGUCUUGUUAUUUUGUAGAACCCUGUUUGAAAGUAAGAAUUAAAAGAACUUAAAAUGUGGUAUGGUAUAGGAGAAAACAGUGGGGGCAUAUGCUGUUAUAUAAGAUGUGAGAUGCUAACAUGUUUAAAUUACAUUUAAAGAUUACAUGUAUAUUUUGAGAAGUGUACAUACUUAAAGAGUUGUUCUAGUCUUUAUUUUUAUUAUACUUUUAAAUUUCCCUCAUUCCAGCCUUCCUCUUGAUAGUAACCUCCUAUCACCACGUGCUUUAAGUGUAGGAGAUUCUCUUCUAAAAUAGGAGCAUUACUGUAAAAGAGCAUGUUUGACUUGUCUGUUUAAAGUUUAUAAUGUAAGCAUCUGACAGAUUCACAAAUAGUUUCAAGGUUGGCCCUAAAUAAUUUUAAUCCAUUGUUUUGUAUAUCAGUUCAAUCUGAGAAAGCCAAGUUUCUUUUUCAACCUUGUACAUUUUGUCACAGACAAAACCUGUACUAAUUAUAUAUUUAUAAAUCAGCAAGAACACUAAAGCCAUAAUUUGGCCUUUGGUAUUCCAGCAAUAUGUGUUUGAAUAAAUCUGCCUUUUUUGAUCUUCCCUGUACUUCCUAACUGAUAUAUAUUUGAACUCU